GUUUUAAUGUAUAUAUUUUGGCGCGACGAGAGCGCUACGUUUCAUUCAUUUGUGAAAAUUGUGAUCUGUGAGUUGUGUUGUGUGAGAGUUGAGUGAAUUAUUUUACAAUUUUGCUUAGUUCUACUGUUGGAUUACUGCUAAAAUUAAUAGGAUUAAUAUAAAUCUUCGAAAUGGGGAAGGAUUACUACAAGAUAUUGGGGAUAUCGAAGGGAGCGUCCGAUGACGAGAUCAAGAAGGCGUAUAGGAAGCUCGCGCUUAAGUACCACCCGGAUAAGAACAAGGCUGCGGGAGCCGAGGAAAGGUUUAAGGAGGUUGCGGAGGCCUACGAAGUUCUAUCAGACAAGAAGAAACGUGAGAUCUACGAUGCGCACGGAGAGGAAGGUCUCAAGGGAGGAAUGGGAUCCCACAACGGCCCGGGAGGCGGCCAGUCGUUCUCGUACACGUUCCACGGGGACCCGAGGGCGACGUUCGCGCAGUUCUUCGGUUCGGCAAGCCCAUUCCAGGGGUUCUUCGACCUGAACGGCGGCGGCGGCGGCACCACCAUGUUCUUCGACCGCGACAUGGACGUAGACAUGGACCCGUUCGCAAACAGUUCGCCCAACAGGAAGGAAAAGACCCAGGACCCGCCCAUCGAGCACGAUCUGUACGUGUCGCUAGAGGACAUCGCGCGUGGCUGCAUCAAGAAGAUGAAGAUCUCCCGCCGCGUCAUACAACCCGAUGGCACCUCCAAGAAGGAAGACAAAGUUCUUACCAUCCAUGUGAAACCUGGCUGGAAAGCUGGCACCAAAAUUACGUUCCAGAAGGAGGGUGACCAGGGCAGAAACAAGAUCCCAGCAGACAUCGUAUUCAUCAUCCGUGACAAGCCACACCCACAGUUCAAGAGAGAAGGCAGCGACAUCAGAUUCACAGCUAAAGUCUCCCUCAAACAGGCUCUGUGUGGAACCAUCAUUGAAGUGCCAACUAUGUCUGGAGAGAAGCUAACAGUGAACCUUCAGGGAGAGAUUGUGAAGCCCCACACCGUGAAGAGGUUCCCUGGCUAUGGCCUGCCCUUCCCUAAGGAGCCUACGCGGAAAGGAGACCUACUAGUCGCAUUUGACAUCAAGUUCCCCGACCGUCUCGGCCAAGGAGUAAAAGAAAUUCUAAUGGACACCUUACCCAACUAAAAAGAAGACUGCAGGAUUUCUUCUGGUCAAGAUUUCAGUGUAUAAAUGUGGAUGAUCCGUUAAACCCGUAGUGAUUAGGCCUUCAGUACGAGUUUACCUGAUCAGUUGAAUCAUGUUUUAUAUGCUCAAUCGGCUGGGACAUUCCUACUUUACUUGUGUAGGAGAACAUGUGUUUACUCAUUUUUGCUGCCUAUUUAUGGACAUAUUAACUUUGUGCAUGUAGUCAGUAUGUUUGGGUGGUACUCCCUGCGUUCUAGUACGGAGGACUGUGCAAGACUGAAUAGUGUUUGAGUUAACUUAAUUUUGUAAGCUGUAAAUAUUACCUGUUACUGUGAAUAUUGUGAUCUUCAACAGUGAUUGUAAGUUUUAAGUCUCUGUAAAUGCCCUUUGCUUGGAAAAGUAUACUUUUGUAAGUAAAAGGGAGAAUUUCCAGUGAACUUGGGACAAGCAAUUGCAAACUGUGAUGUUCCUGAAAUUUAAUUUUGUGACAGAAAAUUACAUUUCAGGAGCCUUAGAUUAGUAGUACAAUUAAGUAGUGACAGUUUGAAACGAAAAUGAUAAAACUUAUCACUUAUAAUUGCUGUUAAAAAAUGACUAAUAAUAAACUAAAGUUAAAACUAA